AUGGGUGGUCCAGCGGACGUCCAUCGGACGGACGCCGGACAGACGCCGGACGCGCCCCUCGCCGAAUGGUCAAGGAUCAUGGCAGUAGGAAUCGACGGCGGCCCCAUCCCAGAAGAUGACGCCCCAGAUAUGGAGGAGCUCAAGUAUGUGCCAGAGCACCUCCAUCACAAGUAG